AUGACUUGGAUCCUACCAAAUGAGGAUGCUGUGACACUGGGCGAGCUGAAUGGCGAGCUCUACAACGUCUCAAAAAAAGGUGAUUCGCGCGUGGGAGAUGAAUUUAUAAGACGCGGUGGUCGUGUGUAUUCACCGGCACGUGUAACCAUCUUUAAACCGCGUCCAAUCGGUCAGAGUGAGUCAUUGAACGAUGAUCAAGUCGAAGAGCUGGAUGCGGGCAUUUUGAGACUAUUAAAGCGCGCGUUGAACGCGAUGAAGACUCUCCUUUUGGAUGAUGAGUUGCUAGUAUUUAAUCGCGUUAUUAAAGUUGCUGGGGGUGCCAUGCAAAAUCUACUGGAGGCUACAUCGAAUGAUAAGGACCUGGAUAUGCAGCAGUCAGCAAGGAGCUCGAAUGACGAGACAAUCAUUGACUUAAACUGGCAUCCGUCGCGAGACGUGCUUGCUGUGGCUCAAUCGGGUGGUGUUGUGACUCUGUAUCAUGUGGAGAGCGCAUCAUGGGACGCUAGAGUACUUGAACAUCCCAAGCAGGUGGACAUCGGCAGCAUCGAAUGGGGAAAAUUUACAGGCAAUACGCUGGCUGUUGCAUGUAAAACAGGGAUUUUUCUUUGGAAAGUUCCAGUAAAGGAAAAAGAGCCUGAAUUGCUAGAGAUCUUGAAGCAUCCAAGCAAUACCGGGUUUAGUCAUGUCUGUUGGAACGCAGAUGGGAGCUUGUUGGCGGCGUAUUACAGAGGAUCUAAGGAAAUCGUUUUAUUUGACGUAAUCUUUUCGCGAAGUACUGUGCUGCAAUGCUCGUACAAUUUGUCGACACUGCAUUGGUCUCCAAAUAGCGCAUAUCUAUUCGCGACUACCGAAGCUGAUGUAUCUUUGAUGUGGGAGACCUUGACAUGGAAGAGAGAGACGUGGGAGGUCGCUGCCGAGGGUUGCGGAUGGUCGAACGAUGGACGCUGUUUGCUUGUCGGUCUUCGUAACAGCACCCUGCUGUAUCCAUAUGUUUUUCAAAAUUGUCCUCCUUCACUAGAUGCCCAAAUAAGCUCCCCCGCUCUUGAUUUUGCUGAAAUGCAGCAUUUUUCACUUGACCGAAGCGCCUCUGCCAUUGUCGGUGGCAAGAUUAAGGAUAUCGUCUGGGAUCCUAGUGGAUCACGAGUUGCAGUCACUUAUCGUACAUCUGGCCAGGGACUUUGUCAGCCUGGCACAUCAAAGCUAGUCGCUGUUUUCAGUGUGUCCUGGCAACCGUUUUUGAUUUUUACUCGCAGUGGACUUUUGCGUGGGCCUCCUAACGCCGGUGUACCUUUAAGGCUGGCAUUUGCCUCAACUUUUAAACACGGAGCACUCUUAAGCGUUGCAUGGAGCAGCGGCUUGAUUUCAUUCCAUCCAUUUUAUUUCAAAGACCCCAAGAAAGCAUAG